UUGCAGGUUCGAUCGAAAACGGCUCCUGCGACAUCAGUACGAGGUCGUCGCACUGUCGUGACAGCGGCACUAAUCUUCGGCACGUUCCUUGUGGGCUGGACUCCAGCCAGCAUACUAUUCUUACUCACUGCUGACGGUAUGCCACUGUCUCGCAAGUCAGGAGUGUUAAUCAACGUGCUAUCAAUCGUCGUUUUGAUCAACAUCAUGAUAAAGUCGCUCACCAACCCGAUCAUCUACGCGACGAGGAUACCAGAGAUCCGACACUUCGUUCUCCAUCGCCUGUUGUGGCGUAUCGUUCCAUUACGCGAAGAGAGGAGCGCUCGAGAAGAAUUGACAAAGAAUGUAGAGGCCAAGCCGUUGCAGAGUCCAAUGCCACCGCAAUCGUUGUAG